AUGGCGUCGCCGGCCGUUUCUGUGGUCUGUGUGGGCAUGGCAGGCUCCGGAAAAACAACAUUCAUGCAAAGAAUCAACUCAUAUCUUCACUCCGAAAACAACAUUCCUUACGUGAUGAACCUCGACCCCGCAGUUCAUUCCGUGCCUUUCGAAAGUAACAUUGAUAUUCGAGACUCCAUCAACUACAAAGAAGUGAUGAAGCAGUACAACCUGGGGCCAAACGGUGGCAUCUUGACGUCUCUGAACUUGUUUGCGACGAAAGUGGACCAGAUCAUAGCUUUACUUGAGAAGCGCACGACUCCAAAUCCCGAGACUCCCGAUGCGAAGCCGAUUGAACAUAUCCUGGUCGACACUCCGGGUCAGAUUGAGGUAUUUGUCUGGAGUGCAUCAGGCAGCAUUUUCUUGGAGACGUUGGCCUCGUCUUUCCCAACUGUGAUCGCAUAUAUUAUCGAUACCCCGCGUGCGAGCUCUACAAGCACUUUCAUGAGUAACAUGCUUUACGCAUGCAGUAUCCUCUACAAGACUAAGCUACCAAUGAUCCUGGUCUUCAACAAGACCGAUGUUAAGGAUGCUGAAUUUGCUAAGGAGUGGAUGACCGACUUUGACAAAUUUCAAGCGGCCUUGCGUGAAGAGGAGGAAGCCGGCACGUUCGGUGGUGAAGGUGGUGCCGGCGGAUUUGGCGCCGGCAGCGGCUACAUGGGCUCCUUGCUGAACAGCAUGAGUCUCAUGUUGGAAGAGUUCUAUCGGCACCUGAGUGUCGUUGGUGUCAGUUCUAUGACUGGUGAUGGAGUGGACGAGUUCUUCGAGGCCGUCGAAACGAAGCGCCAGGAAUUCGAGCGUGACUACAAGCCCGAACUUGAGCGAAAGAAGAAGGAGCGUGAAGAGCAAAAGUCAACUCAGCGGGAAAUGGAGCUUGGCAGACUCAUGAAGGACAUGUCCGUCUCCAGUUCGUCCAAGAAUCGCAAGGGUCCAGAGACUGGGCCAGAAACAGUCAGCGAGGCGGAAGAUGAGGAGGAGGACGAGAUCAUCAAACGAGGCUUGGCAGAUGGAGAGGACUUCAGUGACGGAGAUUAUGAUUAUGAUUAUACACCCGAUGCCGGUGACGAUGAAGGCCUAUCGGAUCGGUACAAGGAAGCUCUGUCGGGCUCCCAAAGCGGUCCCUCCGACGCUGACGGCAGCUUUGCGAGAUACUUGCAGGCUAACAACAUGAACCAGUCAUGA